AUGAAUCAAAACGAUGCACCUAAUGCACAUGAAUUAAGGAUUAUAAGCCUUGUUUAUGGCAUUGGUAUUAACGUUAACAGCAUCAUUGGAUCUGGAAUUGUCACAGCACCAGGAAUUAUCUGGAAUUCAGUAAAAUCGCCAGGAAUCGUAUUAUUAUUAUGGUUUAUAGGUGGACUCAUUAGUAUGGCGGGGUCCUUAACUUAUGUUGAACUUGGCGUUAAACAUAGGAUAAGCGGAGGAGAAAUCAAAUACUUACAAACCGCUUAUCCAGGAACAAAAAAAU